UUGCCUUUUGUUGGGAGUUUUGGGUAUAAAAUUAUUAUAGGUAUUCACAAAAUCAAGUGGAAUGGAAGUAAAACAGGAAAUUAGCGAGGAGACGUGUAAAAUGGAAAUAGAGUAUUAUAAUGAAUUGGAUGGAUUUAAAUGUGAAAUUCCCGAAGAAUCCAGUAGUCAAAGUACACAUGACACAUACCAUUAUUUAGACUUGAAGAAAUGUCCCAUAGAGACUGAAAUAGAACAACAUGAAAAUAAAUUUAACCCAUUUGAAGAAAACCAAAAAACUGAAAAAGGUUAUCUCCAAGAUAAACCCAAAAUGGAAAUUAUGGAGACACUAAGUCAAGAUCAAUCUUUUGAACGAAAUUACAUGAGCCAACACUCUGAGGGACAAACAUUAAUUACAAAUAUAGGAGUUGCGACUGGACAAAGACCUUACAAAUGCGAAAUUUGUUUUAAAUUUUUUUUCACCAAAUGGUAUUUGAAAGAACAUGUGAGAGUGCACACUAAGGAAAAACCUUAUAAGUGUGAUAUUUGUUCAAAACAGUUUAGUGCAUCAGGUACUUUGAACAGACACUUGACAUUGCACACUGGAAUAAAACCUUACAAGUGUGAAAUUUGCUUUAAACAGUUUAGUGAAGCAAGUUCUUUGAAGGUACAUUUGAGAAUACACACUGGAGAAAAACCUCACAAGUGUGAAAUCUGUUUAAAACAGUUUACCACAACAAGUCAUUUGAAACAACAUUUAACAACACACACUGGAGAAAAGCCUCACAAGUGUGAAAUUUGUUUUAAACAGUUUAGUACAGCACGUGCUUUGAAAGUACAUUUGAGAAGACACACUGGAGAAAAACCUUACAAGUGUGAAAUUUGUUUAAAACAGUUUACUACACAAGGUAAUUUAAAACAACAUUUAACAACCCACACGGGAGAAAAACCUUACCAGUGUGAAAUUUGUUUUAAGCAGUUUUCUCAGAUAGCUUUUUUGAAAACACAUUUGAGAAUACACACUGAAGAAAAACCUCACAAGUGUGAAAUCUGUUUUAAACACUUUAGUAAAGCAGAUUCUUUGAAACAACAUUUGAGAGUACACACAGGAGAAAAACCUUAUAAGUGCGAUAUUUGUUCAAAACAGUUUAGUGCAUCAGGUACUUUGAACAGACACUUGACAUUGCACACUGGAAUAAAACCUUACAAGUGUGAAAUUUGCUUUAAACAGUUUAGUGAAGCAAGUUCUUUGAAGGUACAUUUGAGAAUACACACUGGAGAAAAACCUCACAAGUGUGAAAUUUGUUUAAAACAGUUUACCACAACAAGUCCUUUGAAACAACAUUUAACAACACACACUGGAGAAAAGCCUCACAAGUGUGAAAUUUGUUUUAAACAGUUUAGUACAGCACGUGCUUUGAAAGUACAUUUGAGAAGACACACCGGAGAAAAACCUUACAAGUGUGAAAUUUGUUUUAAACAGUUUGUUACUUCAUGUGAUUUGGAAAAACAUUUGAGAAUACAUAGUGGAGAAAAACCUCACAAGUGUGAAAUUUGUUUAAAACAGUUUAGAGAAGCAUGGUCCUUGAAACAACAUUUGAGAGUGCACACUGGAGAAAAACCUCACAAGUGUGAAAUUUGUUUGAAACAGUUUAGUGAUACAAGUAACUUAAAACAACACUUAAUAACGCACACUGGAGAAAAACCUUACAAGUGUGCAAUUUGUUUUAGGCAAUUUAGUCAAGCAAGUAAUUUGAAAACACAUUCGAGAUUGCAUACUAGAGGAACAUCCUAAAAGUGUGAAAUUAGUUUAAAAUAGUUUAGUGAAGCAGCUACAGCUGGUUCCUAAAAAAACUGAUACGACUCCCCUAACAACACACAACAUUCCAGGAAUGUACUACCAAAGUUCUAUCAAUAUUUGAAUGUCCUGGACAUUUAGGGAACAUUCGGUGAACAUCUGUUUAAAUUAUUCCUGGAAUGUUACCAUAAGACAUUCUGUGAACAUACUACCAAUGUUCCUAUAUUUUAAGUUGCGAAAUAAUACAUACGUGUAACAGAUACAACAUUACUUAUAACAUACCAGACAAACUAAGUGACACUUUAGGCCUACAGUGCAAUAAUAUGUCAAAUUUAAAGAGUUUUCCAAGUUCAAUUAAUACAAUAUUAUAAACAUACAAAUGUAAUAAAAAUUAUUGUUCGCGAAUAUUCAAUUUGGAAUGCGAUUUUGUUAAUAAAAAAAAUACUUAUAACUUAUGCAAAACCCAAGAGAGGCAUUUAUAUUUAUUUCUUUUGCGUUCAUUUUCAAAUUCGCCGUGCAUAUAUUUUUGUGCAUGGCGCUUGAGAGGGCAUCACGUGACUAAAAACGACCAACCAACGACCUCGCUUCGGCCAUCUUGGCAUCUUCAUCUUGGCCACCUUGCAUUGCUGUGGAUCGUUGUUUGUAUUAUUUGUGCUUUUUAAGAAUAUUUUUUUAAUUCGGAUACUUUUAUAAUAGCUUUAAUAGUAUUAUUAACAUAGUGAAUAAAAUGGUGUCCUGUUUUUAACGCAGUUGGAGUAGCAGAAACAAAUGUAGAUAAAAAAAUCUGCAGGAAUAACGUUUCAAUUAUGACAGAAGCUCCAAACAAAUGACUGUGAAUGAAAAGCCCUAUUAAAAGGUUAGUAUGCAAAUAUGUAAACGAAGGCAUGCCCUGUAUUUCAGAAAAUAAAUUAAUACUAUUAAUACCCUAAUAAUACUAUUCAUAAAAAAUCUUUUAAGUAACCUAGAUAUAACAAAGUGAAUAAAAGGCAUAAAUCAGAAGAAUUAUUAUUUUAUUUUAUAAGUUAAUAAUUGGUCAUAUCCAUUUAUUAUUUUAAUAAUAAUUGUGAAUAAGCCACAAGCUUCGCUUAUUCCUAACUAAAAUAGUAAAUAGAGAUAAUAACAAUAGGAUUUGUAAAACUAAAGUAAUUCUUUUUGCGUUUUUGCUAAUGUAUGCCUUUAUAAAUAGGAUGGUAGACCACACACUAUAAUAUGCAGUACCAACUAAUGAAUACACAGAAUAUUAUAGUCGAUUUGCUAAACUCAGUCUCAGUACUACUGAGUCUCAGACACAACUGGCUAGUGAUUUUAGUAAAUAAUUUUGCCAAUUUGGUAAAAUUGGCAAAAAAAAAAUAAUAACUAAAUAGUUAAUAAUUACUGUAAUUUUGGCAAAAUUGGCCAAAAACAAAAAAAAUUACCUACUAAAAUCACUAGCCAGUUGUGUCAGAGUUUGGGGAACCGACUAUACUAAUAAACAAUUUCUAAGCUGUUUUAUAAUAUUUUGUGAGUCCAUUAAUCAUAUUUUUUAUUUAAAACUAAAAUUUGUU